AUGUCCCUGAAGUGCGAUCUCAAGACGUUUGACCUGUCAUCGUUGGGGACCAAGUUUGAUGUUGUGCUCGUCGAUCCUCCUUGGGAGGAGUACCAGACGCGCGUUGCCGGCAUGUACGUGCCGCAGGAGGACCUGGAGGCUUGGAAUUUCGAGGAGAUGCGGCAGCUCAAGGUGGGGGAGAUCGCGGACACGCAGUCCUUUUGCUUCCUGUGGUGCGGCGAGACGCACCUGGAGCAGGCCAGAGAACUGCUGAAGCGGUGGGGCUUCCGCCGCGUGGAGGAUAUCUGCUGGGUCAAGACGAACCGCCUGGCCGAGCAGGAUGACCAGGGGCGGGUCAAGCAGCAGACGGUAAUGUACGGCGACACGUCCAUCGUGCAGCGCACUAAGGAGCACUGCGUGGUCGGCGUCAAAGGCACGUUGAAGCGGUCCGUCGACACCCACUUCAUCCACGCGAACUGCGACGUUGACCUCAUAAUGGAGGAGGAGAAGGAGUUCGGGUCCACCCAGAAGCCCACGGAGCUCUACGAGACCAUCGAGCACUUCUGCCUCGGCCGGCGGCGCGUGGAGCUUUUCGGGCUGGACAGGACCGUGCCGAGGGGGGCAGGAGAAGCGGGUGAAGGAGGAGCGGGAGAGGAGGGAGGCAGGUGGAGGAGGCAGAGGCAACGGCAGAGGUGUAGCCAGCUGGAGGAGGCGGAGGCGGAGGCGGAGGCGGAGGGUGAGGCGGAGGAUUGGAUGGAGGCCUAG